GCGAAGGCGCGAACGCCUCUCUUCCCGCUCAGCGAACACCAUUGAAGUUUCUUUCUCUCUCCGACUAGUUUUUGUCCCACUUUCUUCCUUUAGGUGAACAGCGAGAGAGGCGCAGUGCCUCCUCCCUUUCUGCAGGGAGAUCUGAGGACCGAUUGCCGUUUUGUCCUCGCUAGAAGAAGGAAGCUUCAUUUUGCAUAUUCGUUAACCCUUCUUUGAUUGUUAUCGUCAGCCAGCAGAAAUGGCUGAAACUAAACAUCCUUUUGGUGGAUUAACAAAUGAUUUCAAAGGAAGAGCUAGUUGUUAUAAGCAAGAUUGGCUUGGUGGAUUUCGUUCAGGCUUGAGGAUAUUGGCUCCGACUAUGUUCAUCUUUUUUGCUUCGGCCCUUCCUGUUAUUGCUUUUGGGGAGCAACUGAGCAGAGAUACAGAUGGAGAACUAAGCGUUUUUGAGACCCUUGCUUCAACUUCUAUUUGUGGCAUCGUACACUCAAUCUUUGGGGGGCAACCCAUGCUGAUAUUAGGAGUAGCAGAACCCACUGUGAUAAUGUAUUCCUACUUGUACCAUUUCGCUAAAGGGCAAGAAUUACUUGGAAGCCGUCUGUUUUUGGCCUGGGCUGGCUGGGUAUGCUUCUGGACAGCGUGUAUGCUGUUCUUUCUUGCUAUUUUCAAUGCAUGCAACAUCAUUACUAGGUUUACAAGAGUUGCAGGCGAACUUUUUGGCAUGUUGAUAACUGUUCUGUUCUUGCAAGAAGCCAUUAAGGGCAUAAUGAGUGAGUUUACAGCUCCUGUAGGUGAAGAUUAUAAUCAACACAAGUACCAGUUUGAGGGGCUUUACACAAACGGUUUACUGGGUGUUAUUUUCUCACUUGGUGUGCUAUUCACUUCUCUGAAGAGCAGACGAGCAAGGGCCUGGAGAUACGGCACAGACUGGUUUAGAAGCUUGAUAGCAGACUAUGGGGUACCUAUGAUUGUAUUGGUAUGGACAGCAGUGUCUUAUGCUGUUCCAAAAGAUGUUGCUUCAGGAGUUCCCCGAAGGCUUUCUAUUCCAUUUCCUCGGCAGGGUGAAUCAUUGCAUAAUUGGUCUGUUGCAAAGGAUAUGAUGCUGGUUCCCUCGUUGUACAUCUUUGGUGCAAUAGUGCCUGCUAUAAUGGUUGCAGGCCUUUACUUUUUUGACCACAGCAUUGCAUCUCAAAUGGCUCAACAAAAGGAAUUUAAUCUCAAACACCCAUCUGCGUAUCAUUAUGACAUCUUUGUCCUUGGUGUUCUGGUUCUGAUUUGCGGGCUUCUAGGAAUCCCUCCAUCAAAUGGGGUCUUGCCCCAGUCCCCAAUGCAUACAAAAAGUCUUGCAGUUCUCAAGAGGCAGUUGAUUCGCAAGAAGAUGGUUGAGAGUGCAAAGGAAAGCAUACAAUUGCAGGCUAGCAAUUCUGAAAUAUAUGGAAAAAUGCAAGAAGUAUUCAUAGAAAUGGACAAGAGCAACAGUGCUCGAACAGUGGUGAAUGAAUUGAAGGACUUAAAACAAGCUGUCAUGUCUAGUGGAGAUUUAAAUGGUGAAUUUGAUCCUGAGAAGCACAUUGAUGCACACCUGCCUGUUCGGGUGAAUGAGCAGAGAAUUACCAACCUAUGCCAAUCCCUAAUGGUUGGAGGCUGUCUUGGAGCUAUACCAUUUAUCAGGAAGAUUCCUACAUCAGUUCUGUGGGGCUACUUUGCAUACAUGGCUAUAGAUAGCCUUCCUGGAAACCAGUUCUGGGAAAGGAUUUUGCUUUUAUUCAUUACUCCAGGAAGACGUUACAAGGUCCUGGAAGGAAUCCAUGCUUCAUUUGUGGAAUCAGUUCCUUAUAGGGUUAUAGGGACCUUUACAAUUUUCCAAUUGGUCUAUCUCCUAAUAUGCUUCGGAGUUACAUGGAUUCCUAUAGCAGGAAUUCUCUUUCCACUGCCAUUUUACCUGUUAAUUAGCAUCAGAGAGCAUCUUCUUCCCAAAUUCUUUCACCGGCAGGAUCUGUGGGAACUGGACGCAGCUGAAUAUGAAGAAAUUGCUGGAGUUCCUAUUCACGACCAUAACCUCUCAUUUCGGGUAUAA